AUGAACGGUGUUCCCUUUGAAUUCAUUAAUAAUACACUCAAUAAUAUUUCCAUACAAACAAAAGAUAAUCAACAAACUUCCAUCUCAAUGUUUAAUAAUAUUCCUUUUGAUAUUUCUAAUCAAAUACAUGUUCAAAAAAUAAACCAACCAACUGAAAUUCAACCAACUGAAAUUCAACCAACUGAAAUGCAACCAACUGAAAUUCAAUCUUCUAAUAUUGAAACCAUAGAAAAUGCACUUUUUGGUAUUUCUAGAAAUGAAAUAUAUAAUCCGAUCGUAACAGCAAAUGAAAUAAUUGAUGAUUUAAUUUCAUCAUCUUUUUCAAAGGCAGACAAUAAAAAAAUUAAACGACCUUUAAAUAAAUUUAUGGUUUUCAAAAAAAAUUUCAAUAAAUUAAUUACAACAUCAAAAAAUAUUCCUCGUAAACAUCGUAUGAGAGAAAUUACUAGUACUGCUUCUAAAUUUUGGAAUAAUGCUACAAGUAUUGAAAAAGAACCGUUUGAAAAAAUUGCUCAUCAUGUAAAGAAACUUCAUAAAAAAAAAUUCCCUUCUUAUUCAUAUGCUCCCAACAUUAAGAAACCACAUGAUCCUUUCAUAAAUUUAACGGGAAUAUCUUCAAACAUAGGACCGGUUCCUAUUGACCCUGAAGAAGGUUUUAAAGAAUAUGUAAAAGAAUAUGUAAAAGAAGAUGUGAAGGUAGAAGAAAGUGUAAACGAAAGUGUAAAAGAAGAUGUAGAAGAAAGUGUAAGAGGAUAUGUAAAAGAUGCAAAAGAUGCAAAAGAUGUAAAAGAAGGUGGAAAACAACCUAUUGAAGAACAAAGACCUUCGAUUGUCUCGUUUAUCCCUCAGCAGGAAAAUAGUUUAAUAAACCAGGACUACUUAUUUGAAGGUCAACAAUGCUUUAUUGAAGACGGUUCUUUAGUUUGUAACGAAGUUGUAAGAGAUACGGAAGGUGUUACACCUCCAUAUUAUUUUUAUGAUCCAUACUCUGAACCGAAUAAUGAUAUGAUGUUACAUUAUAUCGAUACUUUUGGUUUUUUUCCAUUUGAUUUUGAAUCGCAAAGCGGCUAG